AUGAGCAGCGCCGAUAGCGUUUAUGGCAGACUAGAACACCUGGGCUCUUUAAACCCAUUGGACGUGGUACAAUUGUUAAAACAAGAAGAUGAAGAGCUGGAAGCCAAACUGGGACUAGAUAGUGGGAUUGUGGACGUACACCGGGUCAUGAAUGAACAUCCAGGACUAAAGAAACGGGUGAGUGCAAUUUUGAACAAGUUUUACCCGUGCGAAAAGUCGGAUAAAGGACAAAAUGAAGAUAAUGAUGAUAGACCGUUAUUUGCCGAAGAAGACGUGGAUGAUGUUUAUGACGCAGAAGAGCACCGGGAGAAAUCGGAAGCCGUGAAGAAAAGGGAAAAGGACGCGGUUUCUGUGAAAGAGGUGAUACCGCCCGAAAACUUCAGCCACAUAGCAGGAGAAAUCUACAGAUCGAGUUUUCCGCGACCGGAGAACUUUUCGUUUCUGCAGUCGAGUAUCAAGCUGAAAUCCAUAAUGGUGCUUUUCCCCGAAGAGUACCCGCAGGAAAAUUUGGAUUUUAUGUCCAAGGCAGGAAUCAGGCUCUUCCAGAUCGGCAUGAGCGGGAACAAAGAGCCGUUUGUGAAUAUCCCGUCGAAUCUGUUGACAAGUGCACUGGAGAUCGCUAUCAACCCUGCGAAUCACCCGAUUCUGAUACAUUGCAACCGGGGCAAACACCGCACCGGCUGUUUGGUUGGGUGCAUCCGACGAUUGCAGAAAUGGUCCUUGACGAUGAUUUUCGACGAGUAUCGUCGGUUUGCUUUUCCCAAGGCAAGAGCGUUGGACCAGCAAUUCAUCGAAAUGUACGACGACGAAAAGAUCAAACAGAUAGCGGCCGAAAACAACUGGCUGCCGAUCAAAUGGUGA